UACCCCCCCCCCCCCCCCCCCCCCGUCUCCGUCGGCUCCCCGACUUCUGGGCUUGAGACUGAAAGAGCAUCCCGGGACGGGGCCUUCCAGUCCCGAAGCAGCCUAUACAGAGACCCUGAAAUUCUGAUCUUGAAGUUGGAGGCUCCUGGGGAAGUUGGUUUAUAACCUUUUAGAAGAAUUAGAGGAUUUGCGGCUGCCUGACCCCAGCCUAGUGUGUGUAGUGCGGAGGCUCGGGCAGCAUGACGACGGAGACCUUCGUUAAAGAUAUCAAGCCUGGGCUCAAGAAUCUGAACCUCAUCUUCAUUGUGCUGGAGACAGGCCGAGUGACCAAGACAAAGGACGGGCACGAGGUUCGGACCUGCAAGGUGGCCGACAAAACGGGCAGCAUCAAUAUCUCUGUGUGGGACGACGUGGGCAACCUGAUCCAGCCUGGAGACAUUAUUCGGCUCACCAAAGGGUACGCUUCAGUAUUCAAAGGUUGUCUGACACUAUACACUGGACGUGGGGGUGAUCUUCAAAAGAUUGGAGAAUUCUGUAUGGUUUAUUCUGAGGUUCCUAACUUCAGUGAGCCAAACCCAGAGUACAGUGCCCAGCAGGCACCCAAUAAGACGGUCCAGAACGACAGCAGCCCUACGGCUCCCCAGCCUACCACCGGACCCCCUGCCGUUUCUCCAGCCUCUGAGACCCAGAACGGGAAUGGACUGAGUGCCCCACCAGGUCCUGGUGGUGGCCCGCACCCGCCUCACGCACCCUCGCACCCUCCCAGCACCCGAAUUACCCGAAGCCAGCCCAACCACACAGCUGCCGGCCCUCCUGGCCCCUCCAGCAACCCUGUCAGUAACGGCAAAGAGACCCGGAGGAGCAGCAAGAGAUAGCAAGACGUUCUUCCUCCCUUCCCACCACCCACUAUAGCCCAAGUGUCUCCUAGAACACAGCUUUUUACUAGGCUGCUGGCUUGUGGGGGGUGGGAGUGGAUAGGCAGCAGUAUUUUAUCCACUGAAUUUUACUGGAGGGGUGGUGAGCAGUUGGCCUUAUCCACCCUAAGCCCAUGCUCCCUGCCUUACCCAGCUAGAUCUGCCUAUCCCUGGGGAUUCAAGGCCCUCUGCCCUCUUUCCCUUUAGAAACGACAGUCACAGUCUGUUUCUUGUGUGUGUGAUGUGGAAAUCAAAUCGAAUCUCUCCUUCCUAAUAAAUGUUACCACUCUG